GCGAUCAGCGCUCAGCGAGGGGAGGCGCGUCCCCGCCACUCCGCCAGCCCUAUAUUGUCGGGCUAACAGACUCUCUGCUCUUCAUUCAGUCCCAAGACUCCGUGUGAUCUCCUCUUACUGCUAGAAAAGGAAUAGAAAAUGCUGACUCGGUUUCCAACCAAACCUUUCUCAGUUUUUUUCUGGACGUGAAACCUGGAUUGUAUAAUAAGAAGACGCCGUACUUAUCUGAAAACAGAGACCAUAAGCUAAGAAGUCAGGCGGAUUUCCGUAUCACCUUGAACAUAUAAUUUAUUAGAAGUUUUUUGAAAAGAUUUUUAUUUGUGAACUUAAGGCUUUUGGGUGUGAUCACGCUAAAUCCAAGCAUACACAUAAUGUGCUGAAUUUUCCUGUUUUUAUUUUGAUGCGCUUGUAAUUUUACUGAUAAUGAGAUUCUUUCACAAGUUCGCUAAACUGAAAAAACAUGCUGCCCCAUCAUCUCUUCAGUUGCUAUAAAGCAGAGUCUCGGAGCAGCGGAGCCAUACAAAACUAACUAUGAAUAAUCCCUGAACCUGAACAUUGAAGAAAGUUUACUGUACGAGAACUGCAGAUCACGGCGUGCCGAGAAGUCUCCUUACACGGUACCCUUUUCAAGGGAUGGUUCUGAAUUCCCAGCGCCCAGGAGCAACAUUGAGGCUCCUACAGAAUACCUUUUUGUUGUCCGGGGAAAAACUGAGAUUAAAUGGAAAUGAAAACCGCAGUUUACGUCUUCGUCUUCUGUGCCUUUUGUCGGCAGUGUGUCACUUCUGAGGACUUACCGCAAGAACUGAUCGAGAAGCUGUCCAAUAGCGAAAUCCGCAGCAUCAGCGACCUCCAGCGGCUACUGGAGAUAGACUCCGUAGGAAAUGAGGUCAUCGAGGAGUCCAAGUACAAGUACCACAAAGACCUCUUGUCUGGCUAUUCCAACCUGAAGAGCUCACAGGUCCACAGCAGGCGGAAGCGGAGCAUCGAGGAGGCGGUGCCGGCGGUCUGCAAGACGCGAACGGUGAUCUACGAGAUCCCGCGGAGCCAGGUGGAUCCCACUUCUGCCAACUUUCUGAUAUGGCCGCCCUGCGUGGAGGUGAAGCGCUGCACCGGCUGCUGCAACACCAGCAACAUGCGCUGCCACCCAGCCCGCCGGCACCACCGCACUGUCAAGGUGGCUAAGGUGGAGUAUGUGAGGAGGAAGCCAAGACUGAAGGAGGUUCUGGUGAGGUUGGAGGACCAUCUGGAGUGCAUGUGCACGCCGCAGCACCAUGUGCUGGAGCACUCCGAGGCAGAGCCAGGCCGCAGUCUGGCUACAGGUAAACAAAGGAAACGCAAAAAGUUAAAGCCAAAAGGAAUUUAUAGGUAUCAUAAUAAAACACACAGUUUGCUAAAGUCCGGAGCACCUGCAAGUCAAGCAGCCGACGUGAGGUGAGACAGUGGAUCUUGGGGGCCUUCAGCGUGGGACAGGACGAAGAGAAGGGGCCAUCAAUGUGCUUCAGCUACUCCCCCCCUACUUCCCUACCCCAUCUGCCGCCUUUUAAAAGCAGUCAUUUAAAAGACUAAAACAGAGAAUUUAAAUACCAAAGGUGCUUACUUACCUCAGCUGGUGACAACUUAGUGUGGGUGUCCAUACGCAGUAAACGGGACGCCGAUGUUGAUGGUGGUGAUGAUGGCGAAUACGUCAGCUGUGCUGAACUGGCGACAUCCAGGAUGGAGGACGACCGUUUGCUGUCUUUCAAUGCAGAAGUAUGCAGCCCAGAAAAUGACUGACACUGUAAGGGGACCAGGUGCAUGAUGGGAAAACUGAAAGGGCUCGUUCUGCAUAAAUGCCAGUCGUUGCUGGACCCUUGUCGGGGAAAAAAAUGUGACCGAUAGGAGCGAGGACCUCAUUCUGGAAUUUUUCCAAAGAACCUUUCGGAAUCGUGGGAAUGUUCUUUACUGGCAAUGUUCAAACUUGGGUUCUGUUUGGAUGUUUUCUUUUCCAUAAACAAAAACUUCUAUAGUCAAUUUCUUUUAUAGCCUCUUUGUUAUUCAUUGGAUUGUAUGUCAGUAUGGUCUUUGCAUAAAACAGAUGAGUUCUUUACAAUAAUUGCUACUAAUAAACUAUUUAUACAUUUAA